GCGUGGAGCAAGUACCUGAGUGGCUCAGAUGGCGUGGCUGUGUAAGGGAGAGCUGAACAAGUCAGAAAGCAAAGAUGGAAACAAGUUUGAUGUGGCAAAUUUCCAAAGGAAGAUCGUGGAGGAAUAUUUACUGGAAAUGCAGAGCACACUGGAGCCAGUCAUUGUGUCAGAUGAUGCCUCUUUCAAGUCCCCAGAUAAUGAGAAGGCUGAUAAAACACCUGGCAUGGAGGAGUGCCCAAGCAUCAGUUGCACUGGAGGUGAUGCUGGUGUCUUGGAAAGGGAAUUGAGUUCGUUGCCCUCAGAUCAGGAUGCAGCAGCUGUUGGCGUUGGCAGCAAUGGGGCUGCAGCAGAAGGACAGCAGCAGUGUGGAGGGACAGACUCCUCUGCCAGUGCCCACUGUGAAAGAAAGGCGGAAGGCUCCACAAAACCAGAACACCUGCCUAGCGAAGAACCUGAACGUCAGGAUCCAAAAGCUAACCAGACAGAACAAUCAUUAAUGGAAAUAUUACAGGAUCUAAGGGAGGAAUCUGACUUUGUGAAAAAAUCAGGUGAUAAAAUCUAUUCAGAAAGCCCUUAUGAUACAGACUGCACAAAGAAGCUGAUUUCCACAAUACACCAGACUUCCUCACAGGAGGAUUUGCUAAAGGAAAUAGAGUCUGAACUCUUAUCCGCGGAUUUUUCGAAGGAACCAAAGCUCCCCAAUGGUGUGCAGAAGGGUGAGCAUGCCUUGGCUGUGUUUGAAAAAUGUGUACAAGAUAAAUACUUGCAGCAAGAACAAACUAUUACAAAAUUGAUUAAAGAAAAUAAAAAGCAUCAGGAACUGAUUUUGGAAAUUUGCUCAGAAAAGGACAACUUAAAAGAUGAAUUGAAAAAACGAACAGAAACAGAAAAGCAGCACCUCAGCAUUAUUAAACAGCUGGAAGCAAGAAUAGAAGAGCUUAAUAAAGAAGUGAAAGCUGGCAAAGACAGACUUGUAACUCAAGAUGCAGCAGCCAAAAAUACUAUUCAGCAGUUGCAUAAAGAGAUGGCCUUUCGAAUGGAGCAGGCAAACAAGAAAUGUGAGGAAGCUCGCCAUGAAAAGGAGACGAUGGUGAUGAAAUACGUCCGCGGGGAGAAGGAGUCACUCGACCUUCGAAAGGAAAAGGAGGUGCUUGAGAGGAGACUGAGAGAUGCAAACAAAGAAAUAGAAAAGCUUACAAAUAAAAUCAAACAGCUUUCUCAGGAAAAAGGAAGAUUGCAUCAGCUCUAUGAAGCUAAGGAUGGUGAAGCCACUCGACUCAACAGAGAAAUAGAAAAAUUGAAAGAAGAAAUCAAUUCUCAUGUUAUCAAAGUAAAAUGGGCUCAGAACAAACUGAAAACAGAAAUGGAUUCACACAAGGAAACCAAAGAUCGCCUCAAAGAUGCAAUGACAAAAUUAACUGAAGCAAAAGAAGAAGGAGAUCAGAUAAGGAAAAACUGUCAAGAAAUGAUAAAAUCCUAUCAAGAGUCAGAAGAAAUCAAAUCUAAUGAAUUGGAUGCAAAAUUCCGGGUAACUAAAGGAGAACUAGAGAAACAAAUUCAGGAGAAGUCUGAUCACCUAGAGGUGCAUCAUGCAAAAAUAAAAGAACUGGAAGACUUGAAGAGAACAUUUAAGGAAGGCAUGGAUGAGCUUCGAACACUGAGAACAAAGGUGAAGUGUCUAGAGGAUGAGCGCUUAAGAACAGAGGAUGAGCUGUCCAAGUAUAAAGAAAUAAUAAACAGACAGAAAAGUGAAAUUCAGAAUUUGCUGGACAGAGUCAAAACUGUAGAUCAGCUACAGGAUCAACAUCAGAGAGAUGAACAAGAAAUCAAUGCUCUAAAGGAAGAAACAGAUGGUUUCAAUUCUCUGGUUGCUGAUCUUCAGAAGGACAUUGAAGGUAGUCGGAAAAGAGAAUCUGAGCUAUUGGUAUUCACUGAGAAAUUAACCAGUAAGAAUGCACAGCUUCAGUCUGAAAACAAUUCCUUACAGAGCCAGUUGGAUAAGCUUUCUUACAGUGAAAGAGAGCUGCAGAAUCAGCUGGAGUGUGUUCAGCAGACUAAAGAUGAUCUGUCCAUCAGGUUACAGAAGGAGGAGGAUCAGCGAAGGUCAGAGGUUGAGACCCUGCAGGCUCAGCUGGCCUCAGAGCAGGAGGAAGUGUCAGCGCUGAAGACCCGCGUGGAUGAACUGAAGGAUGACCUGGCUACCCAGAAGCGCAAGCACGCGGCAAACCUGAAGGACCUCACAAAACAGCUUCAGCUAGCACGGAGGAAAUUGGAUCAGAUGGAAAAUGGUAAUUAUGACAAAGAAGUCAGCAGCAUGGGGAGCCGUUCCAGUUCAUCAGGGUCCCUGAACGCGCGGAGCAGCAACGAGGAUCGCUCGCCUGAGAACACGGGCUCUGCUGUGGACAGCUUCCCAGAGGUGGACAAGGCUGUCUUGGUUGAAAGAAUACUGAGGCUGCAGAAGGCACAUGCUCGAAAAAAUGAGAAGAUGGAGUUUAUGGAGGAUCACAUUAAACAGCUGGUGGAGGAAAUCAGGAAAAAAACAAAAAUUAUUCAGAGCUAUAUUUUGCGGGAAGAAGCUGGAACGCUCUCAUCAGAGGCCUCGGACUUCAACAAAGUACACUUGAGCAGGCGUGGUGGGAUUAUGGCAUCUCUGUAUACAUCUCACCCUGCAGACAGCGGGCUCACGUUGGAACUCUCUUUAGAGAUCAACAGGAAGCUUCAGGCUGUGUUAGAAGACACAUUACUGAAGAAUAUUACACUGAAAGAAAACCUGCAAACUCUAGGAACAGAAAUAGAACGGCUUAUUAAACACAAGCAUGAACUGGAACAGAGAAUAAAGCAGACAUAACUAAAACUUCUGGGGACUAGCCAACGUGAAGAUGCAGAAAAGGCAGGUGCUACAGACCACUGUGUUUUACAUUCUGCCUGCCAGCACAAGCAUCUGGGUUUUUGCAAAAGAAGCCUUUGUCCACAUGGGCUCACUCGUGUGAGAGAUCAGCAGGGUUUGGUAUCUGUGUGGUUCUGUCUGCCCAGUACCCCUGAGCCUGAGGCACUGCUGAAAUUCACUGCGCACUACAUUGAUCUGAAACUUCUAUUUGAAAUACAGAUGCUUUGCAGUGCAGACUGUUUGGAGUCAGUUGCCAUGAGAUGUUAAUAUCUGCACUGUGUAAUUAAUUAAGUCUCUUAAUGAUGGAACUUGAAAUAAAAUAAAGCAAAUUAUGUCUUAGUUGCUAUUGAA